AUGCAUCGCCUCAAGGAACUCACCGAGGCGAAAGUCUACAUCAUCGGCGAUGAGGACACCGUGGUCGGGUUUCUGAUGGCUGGAAUAGGCAGCAAGGAUGGGUUGGGACGCACAAACUACAAAAUCAUCACGUCGAAAGUGGGCAAGCAAGAGAUUGAGCAGACCUUCAACGAGUACAAGGAACGAAGAGACUGCGGAAUCAUUAUCAUCAAUCAGCACAUUGCUGAGCAAAUCCGAACGGUGAUAGACCUCCACACGGGACCAAUACCCGCCAUCAUAGAGAUACCCAGCAAGGAGCAACCAUACGACCCUAACAAGGACUCCGUCACGCAAAAGAUCAAGGUCCUAUUCGGGGAGACGUGA